AUAUGGGGCUUGCUGCGUUGCCUCAUUUCUGUGCCCGGCGCGGAGCUAGUGGGAUGUGCGCGGGUGCGCGCAUCGCUGCCUGAGGAUCGCGGCUGCUCCUGCUGCUACUCCUUGUCCUGCUUCUGCUGAUCCUGCUGCUGCUGCUGCUUUCCUGCUGCAGUCCCGGCGCUGAGCUGCCGGCGGGCGGGUGCCAGAGGAGCCCCGGCUGUUUUCCUGCCUGGUGACAAGAGCUGCGCUGCGAGAGCCGAACGCGUCCCUGGAGAGGAGGCUGCGCUGACAGCGGCACCUGUGAGGAGCGGAGGGGAAGAGGCUGCCCGAGGCAUUAAACAGCAGCAGACACCCUAGGCUCCAGACAUCAGCACCUCUGCGCAAGUGUCUCCACCACCCCUUGCUUCGGAUCACUUCUUAAAGAAGAAGAGGAAAAGGGAUACAGAAAACCCCUGCAGCUGGGCAGCCCCUGCUGGAGUCUAACAGGUGUUUGCUGGGAUUUGAAUGGGGAGGGGGCGGGUGGGGAGAAAAGUUAACUGGAGAAACUGGGGCUAGGAGAGAUGCAAUGAUCUUGCACCAAGUGGAUGUGCCAUGUCUGCAUGUGAAUAGCGCAUCUGGAGAAGCUCAGAGGGAUGUCUGGCAAGUGAUCUGCUUGAUCUCCGUAGAAACGCUCACCUCUGCCUGCAAACUUUGCCCUGACAGAAGUUGGCAGAAAUAAAAAAAGGCAUCAGAAAAACCAAAGGGGAAGAUCUCAGCCGACAGAAACACUUGAGCUAAACUGUUGCAUCCUGACCCAGGGCUCUGGUGUGAGCAUCCCACCAGUUGUCUCCCGGGCUCCCAAGCCAAUUGGUGGUGGGCGACGUUGGCCACAGUGCCCGGCAGUGUCCCCAGCACUGGGGACAGGCCGAGCAGCAUGCUGGCUGCGGUGCCCGCGGCCGGCAACCGAACCCCGCGUACCUGAGCCGCCAGUGGUGCCGGGGCCGUGGCGGCCAUGGCUGCAGCCAUCGCCAGCUCCCUGAUCCGCCAGAAGAGACAAGCCAGGGAGCGGGAGAAGUCCAAUGCCUGUAAGUGUGUCAACAGCCCCAGCAAGAGCAAGGGAAGCUGCGACAAGAACAAGUUGAAUGUGUUUUCCAGGGUCAAACUCUUUGGCUCCAAGAAAAGGCGAAGGCGGCGACCAGAGCCUCAGCUUAAAGGUAUAGUAACAAAACUAUACAGCAGGCAAGGAUACCACUUGCAGUUGCAAGCAGAUGGAACAAUUGAUGGAACAAAAGAGGAGGACAGUAGUUAUACUUUGUUUAACCUCAUACCUGUGGGUUUACGAGUGGUGGCGAUUCAGGGGGUUCAAACAAAAUUGUAUCUGGCAAUGAACAGUGAAGGAUACCUAUAUACAUCAGAACAUUUUACACCUGAAUGCAAGUUCAAAGAAUCAGUAUUUGAAAACUACUAUGUGACGUACUCCUCGAUGAUCUACAGACAGCAACAGUCUGGCCGGGGCUGGUAUUUGGGGCUUAACAAAGAAGGAGAGAUAAUGAAAGGAAACCACGUCAAGAAAAAUAAACCUGCAGCACAUUUUCUUCCCAAACCACUAAAAGUGGCCAUGUACAAAGAGCCUUCUCUCCACGAUCUCACAGAGUUCUCAAGAUCUGGAAGCGGGACCCCAACAAAGAGCAGAAGCGUUUCAGGAGUGCUAAAUGGGGGUAAAUCUAUGAGCCAAAACGAGUCAACGUAGCCAGGUUCAGGCCAGCCAAGUGCUCUCUAAACAGAACCUUACCUCUGGAUGCAGUUGAAUUCUUACUAGCAGUCUUUUCAUCCAAAACGUUCAAUUGCCCAGGACAAGCCACCGAACUUGCAUAGGUCACUCGUUUAUCAGCCAUUAGAUCUCCUGGUUGUCAAAGGAUACACCCCAAUAACCUAGAAUAUGCUUGUGCAUAUCACAAGGCACUUGGAUAGCCAGCAAAACGUAACUGUGGGAUAAAUCUCGGAGAAGAAAUGUCCAGCUCUUUCUCUCUCUUUCUCUGUCUCUUUCUCUCUCUCUCUUAUGCUUUGUGGAAUACGAAACAAAAACAUUUCACAGCAUUCACUGCUGAUAAGAAUUUGCUUUCCAACUCAGAAAAACAACCAACCAACCAAAAAAAAAACCCAAACAAAAAAAGACCACUUUUGCUCUUCAAAGGAAAUUUUAACGCUUGUAUGUUUUAUAGGGGCAAGCAAACAACAAACAGAUGUGUAAACUCUGUUGUUUCCUUGGCUUUACUGUUUUAUAUCCAAGGCUUGAGAGAUAUAUAUAUAUAUUAAUUAACAAAAAGUUAUCCUUUAAUUUGGAAUAGUGCAACUUUUUUUUGUUUGUUUUUGCUUUCUGAACUCCAAUGGGUCUUUAAAGCUUAUGUCUUUAAAACAAAUAAUUAAAGCUAAAAAAAUAAAUCAGGGUUGGAACUGAGAGUUGGCAUCUCAGGCUCAAGCAAAACAAAGUCUUCUCAUGGGUUUUAAACACAACGAAAUAGACAUUUUUUUAUAGAUUUGUAGUUUCUGGUCAAGUUCUUGUGCUAAACCCCCAGUCUUGUAGGAACUGAGUCGUUUUGUUCUCCUCAAGUGGAAGUUUUAAUGGGAAGGGAUGAAAAUUAUCCCCCGGGGUGUAGAAUUUCCUCUUAAUUCCAUUUUGUGCGUCAUGUUUAAAACUAUUUGUUGUGGCUUCUUCUUUUUCUUUCUUUUUUUUGCCCUUUUUUCUUUUCUCCUAAAGACAGAAACUGUGGAAUGAAAGUGACUUUUAAUUAUUAUUCCUUUUUUUUUAUAUAUAUAUAUAUAAAAGAAAUGUCUUCUUUGUAAAAGUCCUUUCACUGUACCAGGCACGUGAAUAUUGUGUAGGAGGAAGACGUUAGGACAGGUUACCCCUAAAUGACAAUAUCCUUAACCAUGCUAUUGGAAACAAUUGUUUAAAAAAGAAAAAAAAAAGGAAAAAUUAAACAAAAAAAAAUAGAGUAGUUAGGUUUCCAUUUAGCUCAUCAUGUCUGUUGCAUGGGAGAAAGUUGGAAUAUUGGCCUAGAGUUGCAUGAUGUGUUAAGAUUUUUGUGCAUUAACCAUCGUUGGAUUCUGUGCUCCAAAAUUGACGUAGUUCCAUGCAGGCAGUUUUCUGCUGCCUCCUACUAAAACAAACAAAAGAAUUGUUUAUAAUUUGUUGUAUACACAACCAUGCAUUGAAUAAACUAUUUCUAUUAAGAUGUAAUUUUUUUUUUAACAACAACAACAAAAAAAAAAUGAGCUUGUUUGGUUACCUGAUGUACAAUCCCUGCCUGAUUUCAAAGGGGGAAGGGUUGGGCAGUUAAAUGAUCGAGUUAGAAGCUAGACUGUAAUGAAUGUUCCAAACCUUUCUGUGUGCUGGGUUGAUCCCCUGUAAUGCCAUAUGCUGUACAAAUGACAACCUGUGCUUUCUUUUGGAUAUCCUUAGAACUGGUCUCACACACCCAGCCGAGAUACUCAAAACAUGCUGAGCAUUCAGUGCCACAAAGCCUUGGUAACGCUCCGCCGCGCGCCGCAGGAGCCCCAGUGGAUUGUGCUCCUCUGCUUUGAGCUUCUCCAACUUCUCGGUGUCUGUCCUCCCUGUUAGAGUUCCCUUAGUGCAGCCACAUAGUGCUACCUGGCAGCACACUUGCCCUCGCAGCAGGGGAGGCCCAAACUGGCCUGGUAAGUCAAGCCCUGCUUAUGCCUUGGUGGCACCUUGAGGAUGCUCAGCAUUGCUGUGCACUUUAGGGGCCAGCAUUGUCUGGUCUUGAGGAAAGCUCUGCCUCCUGCCUUUGUGUACAUGCUCUGGAGAGAAAACAUCCCUCUCUCCUGCCUUUGCUCUCUGAAAACAUCAGUGAGGACUUUGCUCAUCUACACCAUCCAGGCAGCUCUGACAGGUGAGCUUCACUCACCAAGGUGGUUCAAAAAGUACUAGGAGGAAAAAGCUGUAAUCGUGGGUGGCUGAAGAUCCAGUGCUGGAAAGCAGUGAAGGAAAUGAAAGCAAAAGCUACUAUCAAUGUUAGCCUGAAAUUAAAAGCAGGUACUUUGCUGUCUGCUCUGUGUGCCUCCUGCUUCAGCAGACUGGAAUUAGACCUCAGAGCAGGCUGGGAGGACAAUGUGGGGGUAGUUAUGGUUGAGCUGAGAGAGGAGAGAAGAGAAGGAGAUGCUAUUUCAGAUCAGCCCCCCCCCCCAGAUUUGUGGGUUUGUGGUGAAUAGCAGGCAAAGAGCUUUGCCUUGCUGAGCUUCCAUGUGGAAGAAGAGCAUUGCCUUCUCCAAAUACUACCAUUUUGCUGUCCUUUAGAGGAUUUGGGGGUCCUCAGCUCUCCCCUUUCCAGCAGGUGAAGGAUGUGGGAGCACAACCAAUGCCACAGAAACCCUUGACGGUUGAAGACACAGCUGUGAUUUCUCCAGAGUCUGAGUCUGGAGCAUGUUUCCCUUCAGCCAAGUGCGGUGUGCCUUUGUGUGAAGCAUCUCUCUUAAACCUCCCAACCCCAAACACUGAACUUUUUGAGUGCAAGUUAAAAUAGGAGUCUGAGUGCCUUGGGAACGUAAAAGCUGGUUAGAAAAUAGGUGUGUUUGUGGCAAAGCUAGUUCAAUGCUGGGUGUUUGCUGUCCCAGAGGCACGCGGAGGCCUGCUGCUUGCCUUUAUGCUACAGCCUGGUAUUCCCCAUCUCUGGUACCUCUGACCUUGAAGGUCAGCUGCAGCUGAAGAAAAAUGCUCAUCUCACAAAUGGUCCCUUCUGAUCCAUUUGGUAUUGACAUUGGCAUCAGCUGUGACCGCUGAAUGCCAAGUCCCUGCUUUCAAAGGCUUCAGUACACCAAGCUAACAAAGGCCAUGCUUGGACUCAGAUGAGAAAGCUGUGAUGAGCCAUUAAAAAAAAAAAGCUGGUUCUGAUAAUUAUGUUAAAUUUCUGACAAACCUGUUCCAACAAUAGUUUCUCCUUUGGAUUAUCAUGGACUGGAAGGGCAAUAGAUAGAGUCAUGAUAGCAGACAACAGCUCCUGUACAAGAUAAGUAAAGAGGGGAAUUAUGCCCAGGGUCUCUGGAGCCAUAGACUGGGAUUUAAGGAGAGAUGGAGUGAAAUGUGCCUUUGCAGACAGUGAAGCGAAGGUGAUACCCUGCCCCAGCCAGCAAAGUCCCAUGGGUAGACAAGAAUGUAGCUUCAGCAGAGAAGCAUCUUGAGGAGCCAGACUCCAGAGCAUGUAUUUAUCCUUCAGCACCCAGAAAUGAGAAUGUUAAACAGAUGACUCCUUGAGCCCACCUCCCUUUGAGAAACCUGCUAGCUGCUGGGGAAAUGUCCAUACUGGUGGUUGUCUAGCAAAAAAAAAACCCUGAUAGCCACUGGACAACCCAUUUUGUGCUGCCACAUGUAGAGUGGUAGAGUACAGAUGUACACCUGGAACGAACAAUGCCCAGGGGCUGGUAGGAAGCCAAGCCUUAAUGUGGCUGCGCCCCACAAAGCAUCUGCAGAAGGCUUGGUCUGAGACCCUUCUGUUAUUGCCAGUCUGAUGGCUGAUGCUUUCCUGGCAGCCACUUCACCUGUCCCUGCGUCUCCAGCAGUGCUGCCCACACUCUGUGCAGCACCACGGGGCUGGACUUGGCUCAGCAGGUGCAGAACCAGACAUAGCAGCGUUCUGAUGCACCUGGGCUUCACUUGGCAAAGCUCUGAGCCACCCUGAAGGGCUUGCAAAGCCCUUGUGGAAGGCUGACAAAUGCCACCUGCCAACCCCAAAUCAAGCAGGUCAGCCAUGAAAUUGGGAGGAAUACUGCUAGGAGCACAACUGUUCUGAGGCCAAAUCGCUGCCUGUUUUUGGUGAUCCACCUGUCAGAGCUGCUUUCUCACAGGUCUCUGCAGAGGGCUCAGGCACUGCCUGCGUGGUAGGGGGUGAGAGGGGUGGGAAGAGCUCUUCUCUGUAUCACAGAGAUCUUUCUUUUUUCUUUUCUUUUCCCCCUUUGCUUUUUUUUCCUCCUUUAAUUUACCUCAUGCUACCUCAUAGCAUGGUUGUAUCUCCGUAGCCACUUGCUCAGCCAUGUUCAUCGCUGGCACGAUGGAAGCCAACUCCCUGCUCGGUGAGACUAUCCCCAGGUUCUCCCAGGGAAGAGCAGUGCCCCUUCUGCAGCACCGUCUGAUGUCCCCACCACUGGUUUCCAGCCCACAGGCCAGGUUUUCCAGCGGGAUAAGGGCGGUGCAAUGAGCUCAGGGAUGCUGUGUUAUGCCAGGCCUCGCCCCAGCUGAGCAGCAGCACCAGAGCCAGGUCUGGCAGAGCUCUGCUGUGUCUUGAGUAUCUCUGCGUGGAGACCAGAGCCAGCUCUAACGGGUUGAAAUGUCUCCCUGACAUAGCUGUGACCAGGACACUUUUGCAGGACAGAAUCUGUACGUAACAACCUCCUGUCUUCUAAUAAAUAACUCUCUCUAAAACAGA